AACCACCAUUAAUUUCUAAAAUCGUCUUUCACAAACACACAAAACUUUUCACUAUAUUAUUCAUAAGAGUGAUUUUAAAAAACAGUAUUGAAUUGUCUUUCCGAGAAUUUUAUUCGAUAAUUCGAUUGAUUCUCGCAAAUAUGAGAGCCGUGAUACAAAGAGUCACCGAGGCAUCUGUUUCAGUCGAUGGAAAAAUCGUCAGCAGCAUUGGCAAUGGUUUAUGCGUAUUAAUAGGAAUCAAAAGAGACGACACGCCAAAAGAUGCUCAAUACAUAGUACGUAAAAUCCUGAACACGAAAAUUUUCGAUGGUGAAAAUGGCAAACGAUGGUCGGCUAGUGUAAUGGACAAAAAAUACGAAAUACUGUGCGUUAGUCAAUUCACGUUGUAUCAUGUAAUGAAAGGAAACAAAUUGGAUUUUCAUCGGUCAAUGCCAGCUCAAGAGGCUGAAUCAUUUUACAAUCAAAUCCUUGCUGAUCUCAAACAAAAAUAUAAUCCAGAAUGUAUAAAAGAUGGCAAAUUCGGGGCAAUGAUGAAAGUCCACAUAGAAAAUGAUGGUCCGGUGACAUUGGAAAUAGAAUCGCCUGCAAAGGCUGAGACCGAUGUGAGCAACGAUGCGAAAUAAUGAGAUACUAAUAAAGAGCUUACAAGACGCA